GAUAUUAUUGUCUAUAUAGUCCAAAUCUUUUUUAUUGAAAAGAAAAGAAAAGAAAAGAUACGUGAUUGCUUUGAGAGAUACUUUAAUUCAGCCAACUUAUAAAUUCAUUUCUUGUUUUAUCUAACUGAGUUUUCAUUUCUUUUCCUUUCCUUUCUAUCUCAUUUCUCUCAUCUUUCUUUUCUUUUUUUUUUUGUUUUUUUUUUUUUCUCUAGUUUUAGCUGGUUAUGGCUCUUCUAAUGGUUUGGAACUGGAUGGAAUGACAAUUAUGAUGCAAAUGCAAGUCAACUUGUAUGUACAGGUACUUUUGAAGGUCUUUUUUUUUUCUUCCUACUUGGUUGGUUAUUUUCUCUAGUGGUAUGGUGUCUCUCUCUUGCUGUUCUCUGUAAUGUUUGCGUGGUCUCUUCGUCGCUUUUUUUACUUGGUUGGUCUCUCUCUUUCCGUUUCCUUCAUCUGUCUCUCGUUGUCAUGGUAUUUUCUUCCAGAACCCUUUACUACGUGGUUAGGCCUUGUCUUUUUUUGUUUCUUCCUAUUUGGUUGGUCUCUCCCAUGUUAAAUGGUUUCAUUCUGUUUUUCUACUUGAUUGGUAUCUCUGUCUCCAUUAGUAUUAUUACUAUUAUUACCAUUGUCAUUAUUAUCACCAGUAUUGUAUAUAUUCUUUAUAUUGUUGGUAUUUAGUUGCUUUUUUUUCUUUAUUCCCUUCCUUUUUUUUUUUUUUGUAAAAAUACUCCUUCAUUUAAAUAAAAUGUUUGAUUAUUUAAAUUAUCCUGCUAUGAUGCUUCGUGUAUGUACCUAUUGCUACUAUCUAUUGUUGUGAUGAUUUAAUAAAAAUGUUUCUUUGAGUGUAUUAUGUAAUAAAGUGCAUGAUAUACUCUACUGUAUCAUCAACGACAUCGUUAUUUUCGUUAAGAGAGAAGACGAACAGU